UGGUCCACCACGCACGCACCUCCGCUGUCGAGGGUCCGCGCACGCCACGAGUCGGAACCUCUCGCUUGUAGCGCGCCUCGCCUCUGGAAGUAUGUGACGGUAUACAGGCGCCAAAAACUAUCAAGGGCGGCUGCCGGCGUUUAACCUUACACACGGGUCGCGGAAUUUUUUUCUGUGAAUUUGUGUCUUUAUUCAACAAGAGGAAAUUGAACUGGGAGACAGCAGACUUGGCUGCUCGCGACGCUUAAUAUCGCUCUCUGAACUCCAUGUGUUAUGUCUAGGUCGUAGCACACACACAAAUAACAUUUUCCCAAAAAAAUAAACAACUUUAAUGGCAGAGUUGUAAUUCGUUACACGCUUGCUAUCAGUGUUUGUAGUCUUAAAAAUAAACCUUCGAUAUUAAUCUGGAAUCACAGUUUCCAUUCGCCUCUCCAGAAGUAGGAAGUAUACACGUCAGUUAAGGCUACUUUCCUAUUCCACCAAAUUUUGUAAGACGCCCCAGGGAAGUAGUAAAUUUUUCCUUAUACUGGAAACAAGUGUGUCGUACCACCAGAACCACUUUAGAGUAAAAGUUAAUCGUAAGUACGCUAAACACGUAGACAUCGCUGUGGACGGUCUCAAAGUCCGAAGCUGUGUUCAGAGACCUGCGUUCUCGAUGUCACAAAACUAAUUGCUCUGCCAGGAACUGUUACGGUGCUCCUGGUGCAGCACAGCCGUGUGUUAACGCACGCCAGUUAAUCUUCCGCGCAGUUGACACUGGAGGACAUUGGGAGGGCAGGAUUACCGCAGAGGUUCCAUGAGCUCCUGUAACCUGGUCUGCGACGGCACUGGAUCCGAUCCCUUCUGAUACUUCUCCAGAGACUCAGGCAGGAUGCUGAUCAUUGGGGCUGCCCUCUACCUUAUUCUGCUUUUCACUGCGUCGCACGCCAAGAUUGGUUACUUCUGGCAGAUCACGGACAUCCAUUACAAUCCUCGUUAUUCAACUAAUGGUGACUCCCGUAGAAACUGCCGGCCGCCGGACGGCGGCCACGUGGGGUCGUCGUCGCGGUCCCCGGGCCGCUUCGGCGACUACGACUGCGACCCGCCGUGGGUGCUGGUGGAGUCCGCGGUGCGCUUCAUGCGCACCAGGCAGGGCGACAACAUCGAGUUCAUCCUGUGGACGGGCGAUGUGUCGUCCCGCGACGUGGCGGCGUCCCCUGAGCUGCAGUGGGCGGCCCUGUCCAACAUCACGGCCCUGAUGAAGACCUUCUUCAGCAGCCAGUUCGUGUUCCCUGUGCUGGGCCAUGACGACGGGCCGCAGCGCUACUCGGACCUCUUCGAGCUGUGGAGAACCUGGCUGCCGCCGGAGGCGGGGAACACUUUCGCUGCAGGAGGGUACUACUCUAUCGAAAUGAAGAAGGAGAAGUUGCGGUUGGUGCUACUGAACACCAACCUGUACAUGGGUGCGCAAACUGAGGAGGACCCUAAGGGGCAGUGGAAGUGGUUAGAAACAACACUGGAAAAGUCAAAAAAGAAUGGAGAGACGGUGUUUCUGGUAGGCCAUGUGCCGCCGGGGGUGGACGACCGCAUGCCACACGGAUCCGCACAUCCAGGUUCCUCCUUCGACUCCCGGUUCACGCGCAAGUACCUGCGCCUGGUGCGGCAGUACCACGACGUCAUCACGGGGCAGUUCUUCGGCCACUUGCAUGCCGACUCUUUCCGCAUCAUGUUCGACGCAGAAGGCCGUCGUCCCGUGUCGUGGUUGAUGGUGGCUCCCGCAGUGACCCCGCGGAGGCAGCACGGCGCCGCCAUCAACCCGGGACUCCGGCUCUACACCUUCAACACAGACAAUGGCCAGAUCCAGGACUACGAGCAGUUCUACCUGGACCUGGCGGCGGCCAACACGCAGGAGGCGCCCGAGUGGCAGUCGGAGUACUCCCUGCGCUCCUACUACGGGCUGCCCAACGUGUCGGCCGAGGCGCUCGCCGCGCUCGCUGUCUCCUUCAAGGACCCCGCGCGCCAGGAGCUCGUCCAGAAGUAUUCGCGCGCCGUGUCGGUGCGCCAGGAGGGUGGCAGCUGCGACGCGGCGUGCGCGCACCGCCACUUCUGCGCCGUGACGUGCCUGGAGGCGGCGUCGUACCGCGACUGCGUGCAGACGGCGGCCAGCUCGCUGACGUCGGCGGCGCCGCGGCCCCGCCCCCACUGGCCGCCGCCGUCCCCGCUGCUGGUGGCCGCGCUGCUGCCGCUGCUGCUGCUGCACGCGGCCGCCGCCUCGUCCUGACGGCCGGGGUAGCCGCAGGCUCCAACACCUGCCGGCGGCGUCCGGCACCCUAGUGCCCUGUACCCUGUACCCUGAUACCUGGAUACCUCGGUACACCCUGCUAGGUGCCGGUGCGCCGCGACCAUUCCACAGACGGGAUCAAACGGCCCCCUAGUUUGGGGGGCGCCACUCGCGAUGAUCGUUGUUGCUGCUCGCUCGGCUGGUUCUGUGUUUAUUUUUGUUACCUGGCGCAUAUAGCAAACACUAAUGUGAAGAAAAAAGUUGAAAUACCACGAGGCAUAAGUAUUGAAAUGUGAUAACAGGACUUACUUAGAUGUGCGAGCCAUUAUCCAAUGACUGCCAAGGGAAUUCUCUUUAUAAAAGUUGGAGUAAAUGUGUUCCUCAUAGGUGUGUUUUCUUUGUCCCGUUGAAGUAAUACAACAGCAGUCAUUUCCCUUGACAUUGGAGCUAACGCUAUUCAGCUAAUUAAAAAAUGUUGUUUACGUACAUAUAUUUUAUUUUCCGUAAUUUUCAAAAUAUUAAUUGUUAAUUAAUUGUUACCUGAACGCGUAGUAGUUACCACUGAUACGUCAGUCCUCGAUGAUCCCAACAUUUUCCAUAGAUACCGCUCCAGAAAUAUGUAUUAGAUGUGUCUAAAUAAUUAAUAUUUACAAUGAUGAAGUGUUAUUUUUGCAAGUAAAAUACUCAGUUUUAUAUGGGGAGUUGGACCUUUGAAAUCGAUGUCUAUAAAAGUAUGAUAUAUUGGAAGUAUGAUCAUUAAAUGCGAUGUUCACUAUUGACUGUGAGUGUUCGUUAAGUAAAGAAUUAU